GCCGCGGCUAUCGAAUGUUGUUUUGAUUGCAUUCUUUCCUUCGUUCGGCAUCAGUCCAGUCGCAAUUACUGUGCAUUUACGUGAGAAACCGUGAUAUUCGAAGAAAAAAAUCAAUUUGAAGCAAACAUCAACAGUGAAAAGGAUCACUCACGAUGGCUACCCCGGCGCCAACAGGAACAGACGUGACGGAGCUGAAAUUUAUGCUCCAAGGCAAAGUUCCGAUUUACAAGGGAGAUGGGAACGCAAGGGACGGAUGCAAUUUGCUUGCGGCAGCCAGCGUUCACGGGUUGAUUUUCGUCGGUACAACAGGACCGCAGUUGAAGGUUUUACAACUGAAGGACAUAACCCCCGAUAAAGUAAUCGAUGAGAUUAUCCCGUUGCGAACGGUUCCGCUUCCGAGUGAACCCUUCCAGAUGGCAGUCAGCUCCGAUCAUGGAUUCCUCGCAGUGGACGUCGUCGUGAGUGGAGUUCCGAUCAUCCAGGUGUAUUCGGUUCCCUCAUUCCUCACGCCGUCUAUUGUAAAGUUGAAUGAAAUUCGAACGUCUGCGGAAGGAGGAGUUAGGAGCACUCAAAUCCUAUGGAACCCCGUCAUACACAAUAUGUUUUCCGUUCGGACGGAAAAUGGUGCCCUUUCUGUGUACACACUGAAGGAACCCAGCGGAAUUGAGUUUCAUUCGUUGGAUAAGAGUGAAGGAGCGAUUUGUGCUUGCUGGAGUCCUAAGGGAAAGCAACUGGUGGUUGGAUUCGCCAAUGGAAAGUUGAUGCAGUACAAGCCGGACCUCAAACCUGCAAGAACGAUCGUCUGUCCUCCGGGAGUAAUGGAAGGAAGUUUUGAUGUGAUAGCCGUGCAAUGGUUGUCUACCUAUCAGUUUGCAGCAGUUUAUUUGCCGCAUGGAGAGGAUAGCGUUCCAUCAUUGUUCAUAGUGAAUGCACCGAAAGUCGGAAACCCAACUUUUAUAAACUAUGACGAUAUUUGUUACAGCCAGAGCGGACCAAGGAAAGGUCAGGUGUUUCUGGUUCACAUCUUGCAAUGGAAUCUGCUAUUGAUGGCAUCAGCAAACAGCAUGGAAGUGGGGAUUCUAGGAACGACAGAAACAGGAGAGGCACCGACUUGGCUUCAGUGGACGACUACGGACGAGGCAAGAGCGGAGCUUCCAUUGUCGUUGGAUAAACAAGAAACGUUACCGAUAGGGUUGGCUCUUGAAACUGGUUGCACUCAUCAGGUUACCAUCGCAGAGCAGAUAUACCCAGUGAUGCCAAUGAUUCAUCUUCUAUCCACCUAUGGGAUGUUGGUGUCCUUCAACGUGCUGAACCUUAUGCCGAACGCUCCGAACAUUUGCUGUCCACCGAGGCCUACAGCAGAUACAUCUGGAAAAUUCGAAAAAGUAGAUGUCAGUAGGCAAUCAGCACCGGCACCAGUUGAUAUAACCUUCACAGUUCCAGCCGGAGCGACAUCAACUCCAGCUGUAACCAAGGCAAAGUCAUUUUUCAGUCCAAAUGAAAGCAAAUCUCCUGCAAAUCUCUUCGGAUUGCCAACCAGCGGAGCCGCAGCUCCAGCAUCAGUGGCUCCAGCGAUAGCUCCUACAUUUGGUAAGCCGAUUACUUUUGCCUCGGUGCCGCAACUUGCCGCAAGUGCUGAACAACCUAAAACCACGCCUUUCGGAAGCGGUGCUGUGCCGUCUUUUGUUGGUCCAAGCAAACCCUUUGCUCCACCUCAGCAAUCUCAACCUUCGUUACUCAAAACAACCAUCGCUCAACCGCCUCAGCAACAGCAAAAACCGCCAUCUGAAGCUUCCAAACCGCUAGUAACAAUUCCGCCAACCUACACUCCUCCGCCUCCGGCCGAUGUGAGCCGUUCUAGUUCGUCGGACAACCUUUCGAAGCAACCUCCGAAGCAGGUUCAAAAGAAGCAAGAGUCAACCGACGACACGAACUCGGUUAUUCGAACGAUGAUCACCGAAGAGAUUCGAAAAUUCGAGCGAGAACUCACCGACCUUCAAAAGCGUUGCAAGAACCUAAACACCACCAUCGGGUCCAAGGAACAAUCGACUACUAUCAUCAAAAGCUUGAAGGAACUGCAAGACCUGAGCGUCCAAGCGGCGGAAAGCACCGAAUCUCUGACCUCAGACGUUCAAGCCCUCCGGCUGGGUCUGAACGAAGCGUUCGCCAUGGUAGCGGAAGCCAACAGCAAGGACGCCAUCUAUAAACAUCCCAGUCCGAACCAGUUCCAGGAAACGCAUGCCAUGUCUCAAUCGAGUCGCCGUCAGCUCGCUAGCCUGCAGAAUAUGUUCGCCAUAAACGAAAAUCAACUGCAGAUUGUAAACAAACAAAUCGAUGCCCAAUGGUCUGGCAUUCAGGAAGCGAGUCGGAUCAACUCCAAACGGCGGAUGCACGUACCAAGCCUGGAAGUACUGUACCAGACGCUUUCCAAACAGCAGGAGAUUCUUAACAGGCAACGUGAAAAGCUAAGCUACAUCAAGGCGAAACUUGGCAUGCGCGAAAGCAUUCGAGGGUUGGAAAAAGGCAGAAAAAAGGAUCUGGUCGUGGACAAUGUAGAUUCUCUCACGGAUUCAAUCAUUUCAUUGACGAUCGCCGAUCAGGUUCGGGAGGACGCUCGGCGGUUGAGCGAAGCCAAAAUGAGCUCACUGCGAGACAUGUUGAAGAAUAGAAAAGUUGUCACCGUCAAACCCAGUCGACCAGACCGGAUUGGAUUGAAUUCGGAGGUCGUUCUGCAGCGACGUAACGAAGUUCGUCGAUUGAAUCUUGAAAAGGAAAAGGUCAAAUCGGAAGUGGUUGCCAAACCAUCAGUUUCGAUACUACCCAACGCCGCGCCGAUCAGGAGAGCGGAGGAAAAGCACAGAGCGCAACCAAAGUACCCUUCACAGUCGGUUUCCAUGGCAGCUGGUGCUGCUGCUACUGUGAAACCCGUUGCUGCGGAACCAGCGAAGCCGUUUGAGCUUCCUAAGGCAGCGGGUUUACCCAAUUUUGGAUCGAAACCUGCUGCUGCUGCCGUUGCAACAGUAGCGCAACAAGCUUCUGCUGCAGCUCCGAGUUUCGGGUUUGGUUCAACACCAAUGCAAGCGCCAUCCCCUGCUGCAACUACUAAACCGGCAGCGGCUGUGAUUUUCGGUGCUGGCGGAACUAGCAGUGCAGCAACAUCGGUAUUUAACUUCAAACAACCGACGAAGCCAUUUGGUCAAACAUCCGCUCCGCAAGACGUUCCCAUUACAAAGGAGACCACGCUUUUCGGUAGCACAACCAUAAAACCCGUUCAGGUUACCUCGACCAUCUCUUCGAAGGACAAGGAGAACCAGGAACCCACUCCGAAAACGACGGUAUUUGGCUUCGGCAGCACUACCAUCCAGGCGAUAUCGAAAGCAGACAGUUCAACCAAUGGCAAUUCGGAGCCCAGCAAACCCGUGCUGACAUUCAGCGCUGCUGCGAACAGUAAGCCAGCGUUUUCGUUCGGAUCUGCUAUCGGAGGAAGCACAGCGUUCGGGGCACCGCAACCGGGUCCCGUGUUGAAAGAAAAGGAACCCGAGGUGAAAAAGGAUGAACCCUUACCACCCAGUUUCGGAACUACUGGUUCUAGCGAUGAGGAUGCCAAAACGGCCUUCCCCGCUCUGACAAAUUUGCUUCAAAAGGUGGAUACAACCGCUGCGGAAGCUCCUAAAACGCAGAGUCCAUUUGGUUCCUCUGCGAAGGCAACUACUGCUUCCAAUAUAUUUGGAACUUCCACGGCAAUCAUUGCGCCUGGUACUGGAAUUUUCGGCACAAUUAAACCUGCAGCAACAACAACGACCUCUUCCAGCAGCAGUGGCUUGUUAUCCGCUUUCAAUGUUGGUGGAGCAGACUCUGCAGCAACAUCGACGGCUGAUUCAGCUGUUGCAGUUACUACGGAAGCUAGUUCUUCAACUGCUGCAGUAACCACUUCGACGACUUCAACUCUAUUUGGAUCCGUUAAACCUGCUACGACGACAACUACAAGUUCUGGAUUCGCCUUCGGUGGAAGUGGUGGCUUUAAUUUCGGAACCGCUACCAAAGCAACAGAUUUAUCCGUUAAAUCAGACACUUCAACCGUCGAAGCGACGCCUAUUUUCGGUACGGUAACUUCUACUACAGCAACUCCAGUUUCGUCAACGGUAACGACUGCAUCUACCACGCCAGCAGUCACAUCUUCUACGGUUGUAACUACGACCACAACCGCAACUACACCGUCCGAUUUCUCAUUUGGUUCCGUCGUUACUCCGUCGCCAACGCCGGCGUCUUCCGCUCCUGCAGUGACCUCCGCCUCUUCUCCAACAUCGACCUACGACGCAACAUCCAAUUUGUUUGGAUCAUUCAACAUUUGCUCUCCAUCGGCUGCUGCGGCUUCCCCAGCAGCUUCAGGCAACAUCUUCGGAUGCAGUUCCUUUUCGACUCCAAAAUCGGAAACAAUGUUCGUUCCUAGCUCUGCGUUCGGUGCCGUCACAACGGAUGCGUCGAAGCCAACUUCAAUCUUCGGUACAACUGCUGCAGCUGCAGCUAUCCCUAUGACGGCUGGAACUGGUCUCUUCGGAACGGUUACUGCUUCUAGUACAAGUUCGCCGUUCAGUGCCACUACCGGAAGUACCUCAACUGGGAAUCUGUUUGGAUCGAUAGCUAGUCCGGCUGCCAGUACCGGUUCGAUCUUUGGAGGUACCUCAGCAGCCACUCAGCAACCUACAAGUCCGUUUGGCGCCGCAGGUACUGCUACGGCCCCAGCAACCACGGCCUCCAGCAUAUUCGGAGGUACCAGCAGCACAAGCGGAGGACUUUUUGGAUCAGUGCAAACUAGUCCAUCGGCUGCUGGGGGAUCGAUCUUUGGAGGUACUUCAGCUUUCGGUAGUAGUGCUGCUGCAAAUACAAGCACUGGCAACAUUUUCGGAGGUGCCACCCCUGGUGCUGCAGCCACUGGAUUUGGUUCUUCGGCUUUCGGACAACCUAGCUCGCCACCGCAAUCGGGACAGUCUAUUUUCGGAGGUGCAGUUGGUAGCACUCCCGGCUUUGGAAGUAGCAGCUUUGGAUCACCGGCACCCAGCGGUGGAGCCUUCAGUUCACCCACAGCUGGCAGUGUAGCUCAGAGCGGCUUCGGAUCUCUGAACUCAUCAGCGUUCAAUAAACCGGCAUUCGGUGGGACACCGGCGUUCGGAGCAACUCCAGCAUUCGGAGGUGCACCAGCGUUCGGAGGAAGUCCUGUGUUCGGUAGUUCACCGAGCUUCGGGAACACAGCUUUCGGUUUCGGUCAAGCGCCGCUGAGUCCGUCGAGUCAAUCGAACAAUUUGUUCGAGCAACUGGGAUCGUCUUCGUCGGGGGUUUCCUUCGGUAACCUUGCCCAGCAGCAGGCCGAUAAACCACCGCAAUUCGGAGGGUCAUCGUUUUCCAGCUGGCGUUAAGGUAGAGUAAGUAUAAAAUGUAAUGCUGUUUACGUGUUAAGAUUAUAAAAUUAUGUACACCUUUUUCUGAUUGGAUCCAUCUGCGUUCGAUGAUUGUGUGAGAAAUUUCCUCGUUUUAAAAUUGUUAUUCUUUCGUCGGUGGUUUUUUUUUCUCCAGUGAUAAUCGUCAGAU